AUGAAGAAUUUUACGGAAGAAAAAGUACACGAACUCAUGAAUAAAACUCCCCAAAUUGUAACAGAAGCGAAACAUACAACCGAAGAGAUUAAAAAAAAAAUUGCUGAUGCUCUGAACAAAAUAUUGUCUGCGUUAAGAAAAGAGGCUCACCAUCUAUCGAGCAAUAUCAAUGACAUUGAAAAGCAAGUUCACAAUGUCCUCGAGCAUAUUACAAAUAUCAUGCACCAAUUGGAAAACAUAGAUUUAGAUGGUCUAAACGUCAUGAAAGAUACGGGUGAUAUAAUUUAUGAUAUGGCAAAAAACUCUAAUACUUUGUUAGGCAAUGUGUUGAAUAAUAUUAACAAUGUUGUCGGUAAUAUUGUGAGUAAUACUAGUAAUAUUAUUGAACAUACAAUUGAUAACAUUAAAAAUGUUGCUUCUGGAAUUUCCUAUGGAUAUCAUGAAAAUGCAAUAAAUAUUACAAAUGAUAAUGUUAAAAACAUACUAGAUAUUGUAUACGAUAUCAAUGAUAAUAUACAAAAUAUUAUUGACGGUAUUUUAGGAUAGAACAUUUGGUCUUAAAGUAAAUUUGACAUAUUUUUAAUAUUAAAACAUUCAAUGUAUCAUAUUUGUAUCUUAUAUUAUAAAGAGAAAUUUCAUUUUUAUUUUUGUAAUAAUUCUUUAUAUUUAUAUGUAGUUCCCAUUCGGUGUCUAAAUAACAAAGAAGCUAUCACAUCUUAA